AUGAACUUUCUCACAGUCCUCUCCGCUCCAGUCUCUCUACUUCUAGCCAUACUAAUUGCUUCUCUUCAUGUUCUCCAACCCACGUUAGAUUUUCUUCCAUGGAAGAAUCUUCAAAAGUCUUCUCUUCCGUCAAAAGCUGAUUUGAUAAUUAGAAAUGGGGUGAUAUUCACAAGCGAUGAAUCUCUCCCGUUUGCACAUUCCAUGGCUGUGGCUAAUGGAAGGGUUAUUCGUAUUGGGAACAACUCUUUUGUUCAGGAAGUGGCAGGUCAUGGAACACAAGUGCUGGAUCUUGAGGGGAAAAUCGUGCUUCCUGGAUUUAUCGAUUCACAUGUUCAUUUCAUUUCUGGUGGUCUACAGAUGAUGCAGGUGGGACUGAGAGGCGUGAAUAAGAAGGAAGAAGUUAUUAGAAGAAUCAAAGAAGCAGUUGAAAGUGCAAAACCCGGUUCCUGGAUUUUGGGUGGUGGAUGGAACAAUGAUCAAUGGGGAGGAGAUUUGCCUGCUGCCUAUUGGAUUGAUGACAUUACUCCUAAUAAUCCUGUUUGGCUAUCGAGAAUGGACGGGCACAUGGGAUGGGCUAAUUCAGUGGCGCUAAGGCUGGCCGGCAUUACAAACUCAACCGAGAGUCCAAGUGGAGGAACUAUAGUGAGGAGUGUUGAUGGAGAACCUACUGGAUUGCUGGUUGAUUCUGCAAUGACGUUAGUAGUCUCCCGAAUUCCCGAGCUUUCAAUAGAUGACAGGCGGGAAGCGUUGCAAAAAGCAAGCAAUCUAGCUUUGACGAAGGGUGUGACAACCGUUGUUGAUAUGGGAAGAUAUUUUCCAGGGGUUUCUGCAGAUCUUCCUUGGGAGGAUUUUACAGAUGUUUAUCAGUGGACUAAUGCUAUGUCGAAAAUGAAAGUUAGAGUAUGUUUGUUUUUUCCAAUGGAGACAUGGCGACGGUUAGCGGAUCUGGUUAAUAAAAUGGGCCAUGCCUUAAGUCAAUGGGUUUAUUUCGGCGGUGUCAAAGCUUUUUUUGACGGUUCUUUGGGUUCCAAUAGUGCAUUGUUUUAUGAGCCUUAUCAAGACGAGCCCGACAACUAUGGUUUACAACUCGCAGACCUUGACGCUCUUCUCAACAUGACUUUGGAGUCAGAUUUAUCUGGUCUUCAGAUUGCAAUUCAUGCUAUAGGAGACAAGGCGAAUGAUUUGAUCUUGGAUUUACAUAGCUUAGUUGCUUCUACAAAUGGAAUGAGAGAUCGAAGAUUCAGGAUUGAACAUGCACAGCACUUGGCACCUGGUAGUCCACCAAGAUUUGGCAGAGAAGGGGUUGCUGCUUCUGUGCAGCCAGAUCACUUAUUGGAUGAUGCUGACUCUGUUGCUAAAAAGCUUGGCAAUGAAAGGGCUGUAAAGCAAUCAUAUUUAUUCAAGUCACUCAUAGAAUCCAAUGCACUAGUUGCACUUGGUUCUGAUUGGCCAGUAGCAGACAUUAAUCCCUUGAGUGGCAUAAAUACAGCAGUGAAAAGAAAACCUCCGAAUUCGGAAGAUGCAUGGAUUCCAUCCGAGUGCAUUUCAUUAGAAGAAGCAAUAAAAGGGUAUACAAUUUCUGCUGCACGUGCAAGCUUCAUCGACAAUGAUCUCGGAUCCUUGUCUAUUGGAAAACUUGCAGAUUUUGUCAUAUUAUCCACUGAUUCAUGGAAAGACUUUGCUGAAACAGCAUCUGCAUCUUUAGAGGCAACAUAUGUUUCUGGGGUGAAAGCAUAUCCUUGA